AUGGCAGUCGAGUACCCCAUAGAGAGCGACUGCUGUCCUUGGAGGGAUAGGAAUAAGGCAUGGGCCGCCGUCAAUGCACAAUGGUUAUGGACAGAUGAUCCUGUGACCAACAGAACGGUCUAUUGUCGAUACACUGUAGACACAACCGACUUGGCCGAAGGGAUGGAUGGCAGUGGCCAGACUGCCUCCACCUUAGCGCCCGACUACCGCAUCCAAGCAGUUAGGGCGGGAACAAGCUGGAUAACUUUGGACAUAAAUAUCACUACCCUAGGAGCUAGAGUUUACUGUCUUCCGAUCAACACGCUCUACCGUUUGCGAACUCCUACUUCUAAAGAAAUUGAGAAGUCGGACUACUACAUAAACGUCACUGAGCUCACCGACGAGACCUGGGUAGAUGCGGACGACUCUGAUGUGAACAGCAACAUUCCUGCAACAACUUCAGCUCAUAUUGAAUUCACAACCACCACUGAUAUCGAAGGGUGCAGACAAGAGUGCCGGGACACAUUGAACUGCGGGAGAAUCGCCUUCUGGAUUGAGGGAACGGCAACCCCGGGUCAAGCCGACCAAGCCAACUGCCAGUUGCUCGAGAGCAGCGACA